AUGACCUUCUCAGGCAGAGAAACGCUGCUUUCCAGCACCAAUUCUUUUAAUCCUUCCGGGUCGCCUUUCGCUUCAACUCCACAAAAGCCCUUGUUUGCUCAGCAGCGCGCGCAGAAACGGUCCGGCGCACCAUCUACCAGAGGACCGCUCCAGCCCUCGAGACUUGGCCAGGCAGUCAUGUACAACGACGAUGAAGAUGAGAGGGAGCCGAACCAGCAGGAAACCAAGGCUAACCGGUCAGGCACAUUUGGCCUGCCAUUCGACGACACCUACGAUUUGGACGACAGCUCCAUCUUGAUGAGCGGCGCACCUGGCGGCGACCUCGAAAUGCGCGAUGACGACUCCGAUCUGAUGAUGCUCAAUACCCCAGCUGCAACGGAGCGCGUCCGGAAGGAAGCCGCGGGUAUCUUCCGCGCUUCUGUUGCGCAGUCUGGACCCCGAAUACGCGAUUUCAGAUUCGCUGCCCUCGCCAAGGACGUCUAUACACACAUGGGCACUGCUUCCCUCAUCGAGCCUGGAGAGCUUAUUUUGAAUACCGAGAGGCUUGUUACGCAUCUGUAUGACGAGGGUGUCGGCGAAGAAGAGGACGAGGAGAAGCUGGACGAGGCGCUCGCGCAUGUCGCUGGUGAACUUACUGAUCUCUGGAAGAGAGCCAUCAGCGACUUCCCCCAGCCCGACGAGGAGCACACGGUGGAGAUCGGACCCGGUCCCAACACCUCUCCACUCGAGAAAGCGACUUAUCUGGCCAACCUGGCGCUACAUGUCCACCACGAACGAUAUGAAGACAACACGGGACGUACUAGGCCUACGCCCUUGCCUGAGACACUGUUCAAGUGGCUGGACGAAUACCACAACGUUUAUAGUGGCCAAACGGAAGAAAUCCUACGAUAUAAGCCGAGUCCGGCGUGUCACGCUCUCUUUUGGCAGGCUAUUUUUGUCGCCCUUCUUAGGGGUAAGGUGGAUGAUGCGGCCAAGCUGCUCAGACAAGCCGGGUGGGACAAGGUGCGGAAAGACAACGGCGAAAACAAGUACAUAAACCGUGCCCUAGAAAGUGUGCAGCUCGCCACGGCUGAAACAGUUGCUAUGUUGGAGAACUGCCCCGGUUAUAAUGAGGACUGGGACAUAUGGAACAGUGACUGGACCCUAUGGCGUGUUCGGACUCGGGGUGCACUUGAUCACCUCAGACGCUUCGCCGAGGGCCGCGAUACCAUGCUAGGCGACUCUACAUUCUCCGAUUUCUCGGCCUCCGUUACUUCGACGCGGAAUCGCGAGUCUAUGGCCGGUCUGGCGAGACGGGCCGAGUCUCAGGUUCCAUGGGAAAUCUACGAAAAGCUGAACAUCAUCUUCGACAUUGUCUUGGGGUCAAAGAAUGCCAUCCUCGAUGCUGCGCAAGACUGGUGCGAGGCUACGAUCGGUCUUACUGCCUGGUGGGAUGACAGGAGAGCCGAUAAGUUUGGGAACCCGCUCUCCAUGGCCCGCUCACAAGCCCUCACAUUGGCCUCACAGUCAGCGACUACGGACAGUUACUUGGAUAGGCUGAACAAUGCCUUCCAUGUGGCCGUUGAGGAGGAUUUCUACUUGAACCCCCACAAUCCUGUAGAGGUGGGAAUUGCGUGCAUUUUCGAGGACAAUGUCAAGGGUCUCAUCGGUCUACUUCGUGGCUGGUCGCUUCCGAUCGCCUCUGCGGUCGCCGAGAUUGCUUCAUUGGGUGGAUGGCUUCCACAGCACCAGCCAGGAGCCUUCUUCAUGGAGGGCCUCGAUCAGGAUGAUCUGGAUGUGCUUGGAGUCGACCCCACUGCGCCGGACGAAAUCGAUGGAAUCAAGGACAGCACGCUUAUUCAGUACGCGCAGAAGUUGACCGAUGACGAGGAUAUCGGAACGAUCGCGGACCAUUUGGGGGAGUCUCGGGACGGCUGGGAGCUAGCCAUUCAUGUGCUGGGUCGGAUGGACUCGCAAGAGCGUUCCGAGGAAAUGAUUGGAAUCCUGGUCAGGCAUAUUGUCGACAGUUUGCACGUGGACUCGAACGAAGUGGUGGACAAGACUUGGUCACUCUUAAACGAACUUGGCAUGAUCCCUUAUGCCGAAGAGGUGGUCGAAACCUAUGCUGAAAUUCUUGCUCGCGACUCUCACCGUUAUGGCGAAGCGAUGUGGUACUUUGCUCUGGCACAUAAACCGCACAAGGUUCGUGAGGUUAUGAAUCUCCUCAUCUCAUACUCCCUCAUCCAGUCAACAGCUUUCCCACCAAACGAAGAGCUCGACGAUUGGCUUCACCGCCUCCUUAAUGAGCGCAACGAAACUCUCGAGCAGUGUGCCAAGCAAGAUCUUGAGGCUGCCGAGCUCCUCGGCAAGAUGCUCAGUGGGUACGCCUCACUCCGCCAGUACUUCGUUAUCCGUGACGACGAAGCCGUCCUUCCCAACGCCACCCCUUACGCACGAAAGCAGCAGGCCGCCACCGCACUGGUCAACGUCAUCGCUAGCUCCGACGAUAACAUUCGGGGCGGCCUUCUCGACCCGACGCGUGAUGGCAUCGUCAGCGAGGACUUCUUGCUCGCUCUCCUCGGCGAAGCUCUCGCCUUCGUCACCAACCCAGACAACACCAACGUCCACCUCGGCCAGCAGGCCCUCCCUAUCCUCAACCUCGAUCAGAUCGACAUUAUCCUGAAGGCCGUCGAGGAUCUCCAGGCUGUCAGCGACCGGGUCCGCAACACGUGCGAGGAGUUCCUGCAGAUCGUGCUUGCUUCAGCGCCCGGCGGUCUCAAGGGAACCACACCCGCCGACCUUCUCAAGAAGAAUGCCAGCGGCAGCCUCGUGCUGGCGGGCAGCACCAUGGUGGCGACCCAACUGAAGAACUCGCUCAGCGGCGGGCUGGUUGGCAGUGGUGCCAAGAUGAAUCCCGUCAAGCGCGGCUGGGACUGGAGGGCGGACAUGCCGGCUAAGGCUACCGGCGACGACGUCAUGCAGAGGUUGAGGCUGGGCGUGGCGAAAGAUCUGGCGGGAUUGUGGCUAGCUGAUGCGGAUAAUGCGCUGUGGUAGGAGUUUUGGUAGAGAAUGUACUGUGGAUGGGUAUGGUCAUUGACGUUUCUAUGUUGGCUUUUCCUUGUAAGGCAGCGGCAAUGUCUAAAAGAUGAUAGAAGCAGAUAAUGCUUCGGAUUAGGUGGAAGAACAAACCAAAUAGAAGUGUUAUUGAGGCAUUUGAUUCUUGUCGACUCAUCGACGAAGGUUGGCGGCGUCAAUUAAUGUGUACGGAUAUGAGAAACUGACAGUUGAUCGGUGAUAUGCAAAAAACAUUCAACUG